AUGAGGAAGGGUUGCAUUAUUGAAAAACUGGAUGUGGUCCAUAAACUUCCAGCUGGAGGAAAGAGAGGUCUGAUAUCACAGGUGUAUACUCUGCUUUUAGACAAGUUUUUGAUGGGAUUCCCUCUUACAAGGAUGAGGAAAUGGGAAAAGGAUCUGGGGGACAUCCCUAAGGAACAGGAUAAGACAUCACAACUUGCUGCUCAUCAAGAUGGAGGAGAUAGCUCUUCUGAAAGUGAGAGUGAAACACAUGGAGAUAUUGCUAGAGAGAAGCACAAGAGGAAAGGUUCUCAAAAGAGCAAAACAAGAAGUAAAUCCACUGAAGAGAUACAUACUGAACAUGGUGUUGAAGGGUCUUCAAGUAGUUUUCUGGAAGAAGAUAAUACGGAUAAGACAUCAAAACUUGCUGCUCAUCAAGAUGGAGGAGAUAGCUCUUCUGAAAGUGAGAGUGAAACACAUGGAGAUAUUGCUAGAGAGAAGCACAAGAGGCAAGGUUCUCAAAAGAGCAAAACAAGAAGUAAAUCCACUGAAGAGAUACAUACUGAACAUGGUGUUGAAGGGUCUUCAAGUAAUGUUCUGGAAGAAGAUAAUAUAGAUAAGACAUCAAAAAUUGAUGCUCAUCAAGAUGGAGGAGAUAGCUCUUCUGAAAGUGAGAGUGAAACACAUGGAGAUAUUGCUAGAGAGAAGCACAAGAGGAAAGGUUCUCAAAAGAGCAAAACAAGAAGUAAAUCCACUGAAGAGAUACAUACGGAACAUGGUGUUGAAGGGUCUUCAAGUAAUGUUCUGGAAGAAGAUAAUACGGAUAAGACAUCAAAAAUUGCUGCUCAUCAAGAUGGAGGAGAUAGCUCUUCGGAAAGUGAGAGUGAAACACAUAGAGAUAUUGCUAGAGAGAAGCACAAGAGGAAAGAUUCUCAAAAGAGCAAAACAAGAAGUAAAUCCACUGAAGAGAUACAUACUGCACAUGGUGUUGAAGGGUCUUCAAGCAAUGUUCUUGAAGAAGAUAAUACGAAAACGGGCUCCAAAAAAAUAAGUAGAAAGUCCACUGAUAAGAUACGUUCUGCAAGUGGAGAUGAUGGAUCCUCAAGUAAUGAUGUGAAAAAAGAUAAUGGGAAAACUUCCCAAAGGGGCUCCAAAAGAUCAAGCAGAAAAAGUGGUGACGAUGGAUCCUCAAGCAAUGGUGUGAAAAAAGAUAAAGGAGAUAAGACAUCAAAUGUUACUGGUCAGGGUGAGAGUGAAACACAUGGAGAUAUUACUAGAGAGAAGCACAAGAGAGAUAAGACAUCAACAAUAGAUAGCUCUUCGGAAAGUCAGAGUGAGAGUGAAACACAUGGAGAUAUUGCUAGAGAGAAGCACAAGAGGAAAACUUCCCAAACAAGCUCCAAAAAAUCAAGUAGAAAAUCCACUGAUAAGAUGCAUUCUAUAAGUGGUGACGAUGGAUCCUCAAGCAACGAUGUGAAAAAAGAUAAUGGCACAGUUUCUAAAAAAAAGAAAAAGGAGGAUGUGCAGAUCACUGAAACAGUGGAAUUUAUUGAGGAGCCAGACAGUGAAUCAGCGCACAGUAUGGACAAAGUAGUAACGGUAACUGAAAAAGACAUAACAGAAGGUGAUCAACAGUUCCAGAUAAUCGAGGAGAAAGAAGUAGAAUAUGUGGAAACCUGGGAAUCCUAUGAGAGUAAUGAAGAGUCUGAUACGGAGACUGCCAAAAAUGAUAAAUAAAUCAGUAAUCCGAAUCUCCUGACACUGUCACCAUUCAAGAAAGUGAGCGACCACAGAGUGAAUUUUGUGCAUGGAACUCUCUGGACAAAAAGACUUCUAUACUGGAGAAAACAGUAUAUGGAGGGUGGGGGGAUUAGAACCUGCAAUUUCUUGAUUGCUGUACCAUAGA